AUGCUCCGCCGUACCGCCGCUGUGCUUGCUGCGAGACGUGUCUUCAUCGCCGGUGGCCACAUUACCCCCUUUGUGGGUAAGGGCUCCCCGCUCUUUAUUGACAAGAAACACCCCGACUUUGGCAAGAAGGCGAACAAAACGCUGGAGGAUUUCCUGGCAGACAGCAUCAAUGGCGCUCUGGAGAAGACGGGCCUGAGCAACGAUGGCCGUGCGGCGCUUGUUGACAAGCUUGUGGUUGGGAAUUUUCUCGGUGAGCUCUUCUCUUCGCAGGGGCAUCUCGGCCCGGCAGCAGUGGGCAGCCUGAAAGGCAGUACGGCUUUCAUGAACAAACCUGCGUUGCGUGUGGAGGGCGCCUGUGCGAGUGGUGGGCUGGCGGUGCAGGUGGCGUGGGAAGCGCUGCUGGCAGGUACCUCCCAGGUGGCAUUGGUGGCAGGUGUGGAGGUGCAAACGACGGUGUCGGCUCGCGUGGGCGGCGACUACUUGGCGCGCGCCGCCGACUACAAGCGCCAGCGCGGUCUUGACGACUUUACAUUCCCAUGCCUCUUUGCGAGGCGCAUGAAGGCUAUUCAGGAGGCUGGCCACUUCACAAUGGAAGACACCGCCCAUGUGGUGGCGAAGGCGUAUGCCAACGGCAACAAAAACCCACUGGCACAUAUGCAUACACGCAAACUAUCGUUGGAAUUAUGCACGAACGCCUCAGAGAGAAACCCAAACUUUCUCGGAAAUGAGACGUACAAGCCGUUUCUUCGCAAUACAGACUGCUCGCAGGUGAGUGAUGGUGGUGCCGCAUUGAUCCUUGCGAGUGAGGAGGGCCUGAAUAAAAUGGGAAUUUCUUUCAAUGACAGUCGUCUGGUGGAGAUCAAAUCCCUUUCCGCUGCUGCGGGCAAUCUUUACGAGGAUGCCGCCGACGCCACACGCAUGACGACAUCUCACACAGCUGCGCAGCAGGCUUUGGCCUUGGCUGGUGUGAAGCCCUUUGAACUGCAGGUGGCCGAGGUGCACGACUGCUUCAGUAUCGCAGAGCUUCUCAUGUACGAGGCCCUCGGUAUUGCUGAAUACGGCAAGGCUAAGGAGAUUAUCCGCAACGGUGAAACUACUCUUGAAGGACGUAUACCCGUUAACACUGGGGGUGGUUUGCUCGCCUUUGGCCAUCCCGUUGGGGCGACGGGCGUCAAGCAACUUAUGGAGGUUUACCGCCAAAUGAAGGGCCUCUGCGGGGACUACCAGCUCAAGAAGAUCCCGGCGUUGGGAGCCACACUGAACAUGGGUGGCGAUGACAAGACCGCGGUGUCCACUGUACUCGCAAACAUUUAG